AUGGUGUUUAACUGGUUAUCUCCCCCUGAAUACUUUCCGCGGGUAACUACAAACAUGGCGGGAGACGAAGAUAUGGACGUUGAUGUAUCAGAAGCAUCCACAUCUCAUACAAAAAAAAGUAAUUACGAGUUGCCUUGGGUGGAGAAAUAUAGACCCAUCUUGAUGAAAGAUGUUGUGGGUAAUGCAGAAACAGUUAGUCGUUUGGAUGUGUUUGCCAAAGAAGGAAAUGUUCCUAAUCUGAUUAUAGCGGGACCCCCAGGAACUGGGAAGACGACAAGCAUUCUGUGUCUGGCAAGAGAACUUCUUGGACCUUCAUUUAAAGAUGCUGUCCUUGAACUUAAUGCUUCAAAUGAUAGUAAAUGUCUUUUUUUUUCUUUUAACUUUGUUUUUUCUUUUUCUCUUUUUUCUUUUUCUCUUUUUUCUUUUUCUCUUUUUUCUUUUUCUUUUUUUUUUUCUCUUUUUUCUUUUUUCUUUUUUUCUUUUCUCUUUUUUCUUUUUCUCUUUUUUCUUUUUCUCUCUUCUCCUCUUCUCUUUCUCCUCUUUUUCUCUUUCUUCUCUUUCUUUUUCUCUUCUCUUUCUUUUUCUCUUUUUCUCUUCUCUUUCUUUUUCUCUUCUCUUUCUUUUUCUCUUCUUUUUUUUUCUCUUUUUCUCUUCUCUUUCUUUUUCUUCUCUUUCUCUUCUCUUUCUUCUCUUUCUCUUCUCUUUCUUUUUCUUCUCUUUCUCUUUCUUUUUCUUCUCUUUCUCUUCUCUUUCUUUUUCUUCUCUUUCUCUUCUCUUUCUUUUUCUUCUCUUUCUCUUCUCUUUCUUUUCUUCUCUUUCUCUUCUCUUUCGCUUUUUCUUCUCUUUCUCUUCUCUUUCGCUUUUUCUUCUCUUUCUCUUCUCUUUCGCUUUUUCUUCUCUUUUUCUUCUCUUUCGCUUUUUCUUCUCUUUUUCUUCUCUUUCGCUUUUUCUUCUCUUUUUCUUCUCUUUCUCUUCUUUUCUUUUUCUUCUCUUUCUCUUCUCUUUCUUUUUCUUCUCUUUCUCUUUCUUUCUUUUUGUUGUUUCUGA